AAGCUGCCAGAUGCCUGCGCGCUCACGUCUGCAUCAGCGGACAAGUUGAGAAGCGAGGAGUGUUCAUGGCUGCUCGGGCAUAUGGCAGGCGGGAACUGGCCGCUUCGGGCUUUGGCCGCAUUACUUCCACUUACCAUCAACAGGAUCGCAUCUACAAACAUCUUUGUGUGUGGAAAAAAGACCCGCUUCGCAGGGUGAUCGCUUUGAUAAGCUGUAUGCCUGAACGAUCUGGGCAAAUUUAGUUCAUAAAAUGUCGUGCGGGUGCCAGUUGGCUUUCAGGCGCAGGCUCAAGAUGGAUGAACGCGGAAACUGCCCUCCCUUCAGUCUGAACACUUUCAUCAGGUGUCUGUCUCUUCAUAAUGUCAGAAACUGUAAAGUAUGUUGAUGAUGAACACAAAACAGUUUUUCUGAAGAUACUGAAUGAGCAGAGGCUAGAAGGAGAAUACUGCGAUAUUGCAGUAGUUGUGGAAGAUGUCAAGUUUCGGGCACACAGAUGUGUGUUAGCAGCCUGCAGCAAUUACUUCAAAAAGCUAUUUAAAAAACACGACGUGGACAAUUCAUCUGUCAUAGAAAUUGAUUUCCUACGCUCAGAUAUUUUUGAGGAAGUGUUAAACUACAUGUACACAGCCAAAAUUUCUGUGAAGAAGGAGGACGUCAAUCUAAUGAUGUCGUCUGGACAGAUACUAGGCAUUAGGUUUUUGGAUAAACUUUGCACUCAGAAACGGGAUUCUUCUUCUCCCGAAGAAAAGGGUGACCACAGAAAGUCCAAAUUUACUUAUGAUGUGGAUAAAAUGGCCCUUCCAGGAGCAGAUGCACAUGAAAACCAAGAUGAUGAUGUAGAGGUACUUGGAGACCAGGACGACAGUCCAUCUGAUGAUGCUGCUGAAGAAGCGCCAUCAAAUCCUGAAGGUGAAAAAUCCCCACAAACUACCCUCAGGGUCCAGGAGGCCAUUCUUAAAGAGCUCAGCAGUGAAGAAGUUCACAAAGUUAGUUGUUAUGGCCAAGAUGUAGAAGGUAUGGAAACGGAGCCUAAAGAUCUGGGCUCUCAAACCCCUCAAACUCUGACCUUUGCUGACAGCAUAAGUGAUGUCAAAGAUGAGCAACCACCAGGAUGGACAACUGCUGCAAGUGACAUGAAGUUUGAGUAUUUACUGUAUGGCCACAGGGAGCAGCUUUCUUGUCAAAUUUGUGGAAAGACUUUCAUUGAUGAGAGCAGGUUGAGGAAGCAUGAAAAACUGCAUUCUGCUGAUCGCCCUUUUAUCUGUGAGAUGUGUAACAAAGCUUUCACUACACAUGCACAUUUAAAGGAACAUCUUAAAAUUCAUGCAGGCUAUAAACCAUAUAGAUGUGACGUUUGUGGGAAGUCCUUCAUUCGCGCACCAGAUCUCAAGAAACAUGAGAGAGUCCACAGUAAUGAACGGCCUUUCGGGUGUCAAAUGUGUGACAAAGCAUUUAAGCACAAGUCCCACUUGAAAGACCAUGAGCGUCGGCACAGAGGAGAAAAGCCCUUCGUUUGCAGCUCUUGUACCAAGGCCUUUGCAAAAGCUUCUGAUCUGAAAAGGCAUGAGAACAACAUGCAUAAUGAACGCAAGCAGGUUCCAACCAGUGGCAUUCAAAGUGAAACAGAUCAGCUGCAAGCUGCAGCAAUGGCAGCUGAAGCAGAGCAACAGCUAGAAACUAUUGCUUGCACAUGAAAAGACCCAGUUUAGCGUGGAGCCUCAGGUUGCAGGAAAAGAUGCUGCAGUGAUACUGUUUUUGUUCGGAACUGUUUUAUUGUGUGUACAGGUUUUAUGAAAAUUUUAGUGUAAUCUUAAAAGAUAAAGCCUCCAAUGUGAGAGUGGUUUUGUAUAAAUGUUAAAAUGAACUGAUAAUUACACAUUAAGCAUUUUCACUUCAUUUGCUUGACAGGUGUAAAAUAUUUGUGCGUUUAGUAUUUUAGCUGUGAAAUUUGAUUAAAACUGAAAGGCAUCUGUGUUUUAAUCCUAAAAUCUGUAAAGUUUUCUUAAGGGAUUACUUCAUUUCUCCUAAAUGUACACUAUACCAAAGCUGUAUAACAGUAAUGAAUUUCUCUUUUUGGGAUCACUGCAAUGCCUUUCUUUAGGAUGUAACAUAUGAAGUGUCUCCCACAGCCCUGGUUUUGUCAUUAAGCAAAACAGUUUAAGCCAGUAAUAAUCACUGUUCAUAUAUAUAUAUAUAUAUAAAAGAAAAAAAUAUUUUUAGUUUUGUUGCAGAAUGUUUACAAUGGGAAUUUCUAAUUAGCUUAACUUGUGGUAAAUACGGAGUUUUGCUAAGGUGGUUUGUAGCUAUUAACAAGCUUAUGGGGGUUGUGUGUGAUUAAUUUAGUUUUUUAAAUUUGUCAUUGCAAGCUCACUACAAGCAUCAUUACUGUUCUCACAUUUGGUAACCCUGACAUGCUGGUAUUGUUUAGUGUAACACUCGGCAAUCCAGCAACAUCCUGAUGUGGUCUUUUAAAUAAACUAAUAAUUAGACAACA